CACUCGUUUGCGGGAGCAUCGCAGGCCUUGCCGCCUCACUAGGUAAGGAACAAAGACUGCAUGCAAGACUGGGCUUUUCUGCUAAUUGGUACACACGACUUGUUCACUAGUGGUGUCUGUCAUCAUCAUCAUCAUCCAACUUAUCGUCUCUAUCUGUGACUGGUAUUUGCAGCAACGUAUCCGCUUGAUGUUGUGCAAAGAAGAUUGCAAACGGCUGCUGCUGGGUCGGGCGGUUCGGGUUUAGUCGCGGUAGGGCGGAUGUUUGGAGAAAUAGUCCGGGAGGAAGGCGUGGGAGGAUUGUACAGAGGCGUCCAAGCUCAUUGUUUGAAGACCGUUCUCGAUCACGCGGUUGCCUAUACGACUUACGAGAUGGCUAAGGUGCCCAGCGCCUUUAUGCGCCUUGUUAGGAUAGGAGAUUAUUAGAGUGUGACAUGGUCCACCUAUUGGGUAAAUUUUAGUAUUUUAAGUUUACUUUUCUCAAAGUCGAUCUUAUAAGUAGGGAUGACAACAAAACCCGAAUCCACGGGUACCCUGUCCGGCCCAACCCGGUCAACGCGGGUGAAACUCGUGUUGACGGGUUUUGGGCCGAGUUCGGGUUUAAACCCGCUACACCAUCUCUAGGUUGGGUUGGAUUUAGGAAAACCUGAUCCAUGAGUGCGUACGUAGGUAGGUUUCCCAAUUAACCACGUAUACGCUUGGAAGGUUUCUCUGAACUUUGGUGGCAUGCAUGCAAUAGCGAAGGUGUAAAAUGAAAAAAAAAUGGAGAGAGUUAGCCCGCUAGUAUAUACGUAUACAAGAGCUUGUCCUUUCCACCAAAAAUCAGCUGAGUCAAGACAUUGCCACGUACCUGACUUCAUCUUGAAGGGUUGACAUUAACGCAAUGUGAACCGAAAGAAUGGCAUUGUUGUAAACUCUGUCCAGAUCGUCCAACUCGUCACACUAAAUAAUAAUAACAACAUUAUAUUGGGAUCUAGAUGCAAGAAGAAGAUUGCGAGGAUUCAAACAUGGAGUGCGCUCACGGUCAUAGACUUUUCUGGGCUACCAAACAAAUGAAACCCAUCUCAUCUCAUGAUCAUCUGCAUCAAUAUCCACCUUUCCCUCUCCUAUAAAUUGCCAAGGCCAGAAGCCAUUUAUCUCCACCCCCAAGCAGAAACCUACUUACUAACAUUUGCUAGAGCUAGCUUCCCUAAUCCAACUACUCUUCUUCUCUCGUCAACAUCAAACAUGGGCGUGACCACGGCUACCCACGAGUUCAAGUCCUCAAUCCCAGCACCUAGAAUGUUCAAGGCACUGGUCCAGGACUCUGCAACUUUCUUCCCCAAGAUCAUGCCUCAAUUCAAGAGCGAGGUUGUCCAGGGCGACGGAGGCGUCGGUAGCAUCCUCAAGACCUGUUACCCUGAGGAAGGGACCCAAGUGAAGACUGUGAAGCACAAGGUGGAGGCCAAGGAUCCGGCCAGCUACUACGCCAAGUACACGGUGAUCGAAGGAGGUCCGUUGAGCGAUAACGUUGAGUCGGUGGUGAAUGAGGUGAAGAUCGAGCCGGCUGGUGAUGGAAGCAUCGUCAGGGCAACCAAUCAUUAUCAUACCAAGGGAGGUGCUGCUGACAAGGCAAUGAUUGAUGCCAUUGGGGAGAAGACUUUGUCUAUGUACAAGCUUGUGCAGGACUACCUCCUCGCCAACCCUGGUGUCUGUGCUUGAGUUAAUUACGUAGCCGCCACUAAUCAUGUGUACGCGAUCUUAAUAACACAAUAUUAAGCAAUUACUUGUCUGUGAGGCAUAUAGUUUUUGUUCUGUAUUAAUUGUUGAGUACGGUGUCUUUCGUGAAGUUUUACUCUUGCUGUGGUUGUUGUUUUUAUGUAAUAAUGUAUUGGUGGCAUGUACCUUAUUUCAUGUGUCUUCCAUGUACUACUUAUUAUGUUAUGCUUUGCAACAACAAAGUCCUCGAUCUUUGUUGUUUCUUGAGUUGCCUUCAAAACCAAUCUAGUUGAUCAAAUUAGUAUAUAUAAAGCGCCUGUUUUACUUAAGGGGUCCAGUGGGCUACGGGUAGGUACACCGUAAGCAGCUGUGCACCCCUUUUGUUCCGUCCCGAGAUCCCCUGCUUCCUACCCGUCACUUUCUUUCGCAUUAUCACCCUCAACAAUUACCGAUUCGUGGUCGACCAAUUGGCGAUUGGCCAAGUUGGAUAGCCAAUUUUCUACCAUGAUUCUUCCUCCCAUCUUCUGAUUGGAGGCUGGCUGAGUUGGACUAUUACCUCUGCUUCUGGAUUUGAGAAAAGAACCGUAAGCAAGCCCCCAUCCAAAUCGACAGCAACUCCAUACACCGCGCCACAGUCCCCACCAAAAUCCACGGCUGCCAAGCUAGAAUCGGUCAAAUGGAAAAACAGACAUGCGCUAGCUUCAUCCUCGAUUGAUCAUAAAGCAUAGGGGUUAUGGUUAUGAAUGGACCAUCCAUCCUCCUAUUCCAAAGCUAUAUUGCAAAAAAGUAACUAAGGUUGCAAAAACAGAGCCCCCUUUCCGAUUGUCCCCCAUCUGCUCCAAAUUCUCACACGCAAAGAUGAAAAGGUACACUUACCUCUUCAACAAAAAGUUUUGAAACAUCCCUCCAUUCUCACUUGCUAAACCACUUGAAUGGGAAAUACAAAUCUUCGCGCUUCCAUCCUCUUCUCCGUCUAGACUCCAAAUGCGAUGCAAGAUGACAUCUUUGAGAUUAUAAGCUUUAGUAAAAGUAAUAUAAUCCAGCUCAAUGUCAUGAGUCUAAAAUACGACUUCUCUUUCCUUCACAACUCUAAACUCGCCACCCAAACUUUUGUUGAAGCGUUUGCACCGAGGGAGAGAGGACGGGAAGUUGAAGAGGUAGAAGAAAGAAAACUUUAAAAAGUAAAGAGACAAAGGAAGUUAUGGACUUGGUUAAUCAUGAUGCAUGCUUAGGGAAGGGACACUCUUCCAUUGUCCACGUGUAUAUACUAAUUACUAAUUAGGGACUUGAAGAAGCUGCUAGAAAAAAUAAAUUGAAAUAUAAAAUAUAACAAACAACCUGUUAAUAUUUUGGAUUUGUUGACUGCUCAAUCUUUUGAAAGUUCAUGAAAUAAGAAAGGGUUAUUGAUAUGUCGAUGCAUGUCUAUUUACACCAUUAGAAUUUAUGAAAGGUUUCAUUUGAUGAGAGAAUUGCCGAAAGCCAACAUUGAAUUCAAUUAAAAAUAUAAAGAUGUCAAUUUUUACUUUUUAGUCAUUGAUAGGAAUUAUACACCUUUGACAUAAUAUUUAUGUUUAGCCCGAUUUUAGAAUUGUUUUUCUAUUCCAAAAGUUGAAAUUGGACCAAACACUUCGGUUUUUUUGAAGAAAAUUGAAAAGUGCUUUUUAUAACAUAAUAACAGAGGAUUCGAUUUGGAGUUAUAGGAAAAAUCUGUUUGAAAGUACAAGAUUAUCUUUAUUAUAUUAAUUUUUUUUCCUGAGGACAUAAUUUUCCUUAAUUUAUCUUAUUCUAAAAAAAAUAAAUUAAAAAAUAAUAUUAUUUAAUAUAAAAGAAAUCAAACA